GGUCCGGCUGGCGGCGGCGGCGGGCGGGAGCUGACUGCCCUGAGUGCACGUGUGAAGAAGCCGCGGCACCAGCGCGGCUGCUGGAGACACCCCCGCCCCCUUCGGAGACUCAGGGCCGCCCUCGACUUUCGCGGCCUCCGUCACCCCUUCAGCUCUGUGCCCUAGGCGAGGAGGCCGGCUUGUGGGGUUGAGGGCGCCGAGAGCUCGGGGCGGCGAGGACGACGGCGUUGAUAGCGGUGGUAACGACGGCCUCAGCAGGCGGGGAAGAUGAAAGGUAGCCGGAUCGAGUUGGGAGAUGUAACACCACACAAUAUUAAACAGUUGAAGAGAUUGAACCAGGUCAUUUUUCCAGUCAGCUACAAUGACAAGUUCUACAAGGAUGUGCUGGAGGUUGGCGAGCUAGCAAAACUUGCCUAUUUCAAUGAUAUUGCUGUAGGUGCAGUAUGCUGCAGGGUGGAUCAUUCACAGAAUCAGAAGAGACUUUACAUCAUGACACUAGGAUGUCUUGCACCUUACAGAAGGCUAGGAAUAGGAACUAAAAUGCUAAAUCACGUCCUAAACAUCUGUGAAAAAGAUGGCACUUUUGACAACAUCUAUCUGCACGUUCAGAUCAGCAAUGAGUCAGCAAUUGACUUCUACAGGAAGUUUGGCUUUGAGAUUAUUGAGACAAAGAAGAACUACUAUAAGAGGAUAGAGCCUGCAGAUGCUCAUGUGCUUCAGAAAAACCUCAAAGUCCCUUCUGGUCAGAAUGCAGAUGCGCAGAAAACAGACAACUGAACAAAUUACAAAUGAACUUUCUUGCACUUGCUUGUCGCCAAAUAAAAGAGAGGCCCAUUGAUUCCCUGCCCCUGUCCCCCGCCUUUCCUAAGUUUUCCUCCCUACUUGUUCCUUUUUUUCCUCAUUUCUUUUCUUCCUCUAGAAGUUUUAAUACUUUCAAGGACUUUUAAAAAUAA